GUUUGGUCAUUCUAAAACACUCCUUGGAAAUGACUCUCAUUGCUUCUAACUGAUGAGUUUGGGAAGAGUGGUUCUCCUGGAAUUUGUGGAUUUCAUUAGAAUCUCCUAACUUUGGUACAAGAAAAAAAAUGCGUGAAAUUGUACAUAUUCAGAUUGGCCAGUGUGGGAACCAGAUUGGAUCCAAGUUCUGGGAAGUGAUUGGGGAUGAGCAUGGGAUUGAUGCCACUGGAAGCUACCAUGGAGACUCAGCCCUGCAGCUUGAGAGAAUCAAUGUUUACUACAAUGAAGCCUAUGCUAAAAAGUAUGUGCCCCGCGCUGUCUUAGUGGAUCUGGAACCUGGUACCAUGGAUAGCAUCAGGUCUAGCAGAUUAGGAACCCUCUUUCAACCUGACAGUUUUGUUCACGGUAAUUCGGGAGCUGGCAACAACUGGGCAAAGGGCCAUUAUACGGAGGGAGCUGAACUGAUUGAACAUGUGAUGGAUGUGGUCAGGAAUGAGAGUGAGAGCUGCGACUGCCUCCAGGGUUUCCAGAUAGUCCACUCACUGGGGGGAGGGACUGGAUCUGGUAUGGGUACUCUCCUUAUGAAUAAGAUCAGAGAAGAAUAUCCAGACCGGAUUAUGAAUUCCUUUAGCAUAAUGCCUUCCCCCAAAGUGUCUGACACAGUCGUAGAGCCAUACAAUGCCGUACUUUCCAUUCACCAGCUCAUUGAGAACACCGAUGCAUGCUUCUGUAUCGAUAAUGAAGCCCUCUAUGAUAUAUGCUUCAGAACCUUAAAGUUGACAACUCCCACCUAUGGUGAUCUCAACCACUUGGUGUCCUUGACAAUGAGUGGGAUCACCACCUCCCUCCGCUUUCCUGGUCAACUUAACGCUGACCUGAGAAAAUUGGCGGUGAACAUGGUUCCUUUCCCCCGGCUCCACUUUUUUAUGCCUGGCUUUGCCCCAUUGACAGCCCGUGGCAGUCAGCAGUACAGGGCUCUCUCGGUCUCUGAGCUCACCCAGCAGAUGUUCGAUGCUCGCAACAUGAUGGCAGCCUGUGACCCUCGCCAUGGCCGUUACUUAACCGUAGCCUGUAUUUUUCGAGGCAAGAUGUCCACCAAGGAAGUGGAUGAGCAGUUGCUCAUGAUACAGACCAGAAAUAGUGGUUAUUUUGUGGAGUGGAUUCCCAACAAUGUCAAAGUGGCUGUAUGUGACAUCCCACCACGGGGGCUAAACAUGGCUGCCACCUUUAUAGGGAAUAACACUGCAAUUCAGGAGCUAUUUAUCAGGGUUUCUGAGCAGUUCUCAGCUAUGUUCAAAAGGAAGGCCUUUGUCCACUGGUACACUGGUGAAGGGAUGGACAUAAGUGAAUUUGGAGAAGCAGAAGGUAACAUCCAUGACUUGGUAUCAGAAUAUCAACAAUACCAAGAUGCCAGAGCAAUCCUGGAGAAGUAUGAGGAGGCAGAGGAAGUUGAGAUAGAACUAGAAGAAAAAGAACAGUAAACAGUGGAAUAAGAGGAAAAAAUGCUUAGAUGUGAGGUAACCACUCUAUCAAAGAUAUAAUCAAGAAUUUUGCUUAGCAUAGUUUUUGGCAUUUUUCUUUUUAAACCAUUUUGGUUUUAUGUUCCAAAUACAGUGAAGAAUGGACAUCAAUUAUUUUUUUCUUUGAUGGGGUUUUGGGUGGGAUGAGGAAUGAAUAUGGGAAACAAACAGAUUAAAGCAUUGAAUUCCUAGCACUAGCAUUUACCACAUUUAGGAGCUUAUAGUUUAACUGCAGACUGCAUGUCAAUUGAUUUAAUAUGGUAAAUUUGUUGAUAAACAUUAUAAUCAUUCUUUUAAUAUUUAUCAGAUGUCUACUAUAUCCAAAGCACUGUGUUAGGGAGCAAGGGGGAGGCUACCUCUCUGGUCUGGCAGGGAAUCAUUGCAGCUUGAAUCAACUCCAAAAUUCUUUGGGGAGAUAAACUGAUCUGGGGAAGAGGGGGUUUGGGGAUUCUUGCUGAACAUCUCUGAGAUAGUCUACUUUGAACCUCCUGCUAACCAAGCUUUAUCUCAUACCUUUCUGCUGGCUACCUGAAACCUCAGAGGAAAUAAGACAGCCUAACUGUUAGGUUUCACUACAAUUAAGUAAAUACAUAUUCAAAAUGUAUUUAAAUGGACAUUAUUAGUAAAUCUAAUUUGUAAAAAUCAUUGUGUGCUGGCUAGAAAAAAAUUGAGAAAAUGACUACCUCUAAAGCACAGGUAGCUCCCCACAAAGCAUUUAAAUAGUCUUAGAUUACUAAAUUGUUUUAAAAAUUUUUUUAAAUAUUUAUUUUGGUCAUUAUAGAUUAGAUUCACAAGAAUAUUAUGUGGUUUUUAAAAAUUCUUGAUCCACUUUCAUUUAUAUUCAGAAAAUGCUUUGCAAUCAGCUUGGCUUUAGAAAAAAGGAAAUAAAUCUACAGAUACACACAAAUGUAGAAACUACUGAAAUUUAGGAAUUAAGCAAUUACCAUUACAAUGUGCUUCUCAGGAACUGAAAACAAAAUCUCUCAUUAGGGAACAUUUAUACUUUAACUGCAGAGGUUGCUACAAAUGGCAGCAUUCUGAGACACUCUUAACUAUAAUACAAUUUUAAUCUGCUCAUAUUAUAAUAAGACUAAAUCUAUUAGAGCAAAAUCUGGUAACGUAUAACCUCUUAAUUACAUUUUACCUGUCUCUACUAAAGACAAUUACAACUGCCAUUCCUUUUCUACACUAUAAGGAAUAUAAGGUUGUCUUUUUUUUUAGCAUUAUCAUUUAACUAUGUUAUUUGAUCCAGUUGUUAAAAAAAAAGGCACUUCAAUCUUCCUUACACUGAAAAUGUCUUUUUAAGCAAUUGGGUUUCCAUUCCUCUUAUUUGCUUUUGUAAUUGGCUAGAAUAAAUAUAGGGACAGCAGGAAGUGGGAGGGUGAGGAAGUGGUACAAUCUGACUAGAAUGUUGCUUUUUUAAAAAUAAGGCACCAUGGUAACACCAAAGCAAAGGUAGUCAAGAAAAAGUUUGCCAAGGAAAUAAGACUGACCAUCUGCAUUACUGAUACUUUCGAUAUUUACAGAUAUCAAAUCUAGUGCCUUUAAACCAUUUUCUACUUGUAGAGGACACAUUGAAUUCAAUUCAAUAAAUUAAAGGAUUUACUGUACAGAGUACUGUUUAGCACUAAGGGAGAUAAGAAGAUAAAUCAUACAAAGCCCCCUACCCUCCAAAUUUCACUAUUUAAUAGUGAAUAUCAAGUGUAUAAAAUUAACUAGU